CCCGGCCCCUGGCGCAGAGCCGGCCAUCCGUUGGAGACCAAUGGGAGGUCCUUGCAUGUCUCGGAUCGAUUUUCCAGGCACUGAGUUCACACCCGAGGUGGCUGCGGCGUGUGAGGACCGCGGUUCCCGGGAGUCAGGCGCGGAGUGGGAGAGCGGACCCCACGCGGGCGCCGGCGACACCGCACUCCCCCCUGUCGCGGUGGGCGAGCCUCGGGAUCCACAUCUCCGACCCCGGUCUGCGAGGCUCACCCGCCCUCCUUCCCUCCCCGGCACACGCCGGAGCUGGAGACCGAGUCCAACGCGCACCGGCUCGAGGUGACCUUUGGGCUGCGGACCGGAUCUCAGAAGAAACUGGUUUCUCCGGGAUAAGAUUCCUGAGCGGGAGAGACAGAUUACAGCUAGAGCAGGGGCCAGUAGGAAAGUUCUGGCCAAACUGUCUGUGCCCGCGCGCGCCUGCGACCCGGCCAUGAAGCAGAGCUUUGCCUUCGACAACGCGGGCUACGACGGCGGCCUGGACGGCGCGAGCCCUUUGCAGACGGCCACCGGCACCAUCAGCCUCUCGGGCCUGACCGGGCAGUCGAGUGCGGCGUCCGUCGAGGGCAGGAUUGCCGGUUUGAAAGGCGUCGUGGGCGUCCAGGUUUCCCUGGACCACGGCAGCGCGGCGGUGCACUACGUGCCGUCGGUCAUAAGCCUGCGGCAGGUGUGCUGUCACAUCGAGGACAUGGGCUUCGGGGCCAGCAUCGCGGAGGGAAGGGCCGACUCCUGGCCUCUCAGGUCCUCGCCGGCCCCGGAGGCCGUGGUCAAGCUCCGGGUGGAGGGCAUGACCUGCCAGUCCUGCGUCAGCUCCAUAGAGGGCAAGAUCGGGAAGCUGCAGGGGGUGGUGCGCGUCCGGGUGUCCCUGAGCAGCCAGGAGGCCGUCAUCACGUACCAGCCUUACCUCAUCGGGCCCCAGGACCUCAGGGACCACGUAAACGACCUUGGGUUCGACGCCGUCAUCAAGAACAAAGUGGCCCCGGUCAGCCUGGGGCGCAUUGAUAUCGGGCGGUUACAGGGCGCCAACCCAAAGACACCGACCCCUACUAACAACCCGCACGUCGGCAGCUCCCAGGCCUCGGAGCCCCCGGGGAGCCCGGUGGCCACCCUGCGGCUGCGAGUCGACGGCAUGCGCUGUGGGUCCUGCGUCCGCAACAUCGAGGAGAACAUCGGCCGGCUCCCGGGGGUUCAGCACGUUCGAGUGUCCCUGGACAGCAGAACCGCGCAGGUCCAGUUCCGCCCUUCCCGCGUCACCCCAGGGGCGCUGCGGAAGGCCAUCGAGGCGCUUCCACCCGGGAACUUUAAGGUUUCCCUGGCUGACGGAGCAGAAGGAAGCGGGGCGGACGACGGGUCUUCCGCGGGUCGCGCCCCCGCCCCCGCCCGGAGAAGCCCGGCGCCAGGGCCAGGCGCAGGCCGGACCCUGGGACUCGCAGUCGCGGGCAUGCGCUGUGCAUCCUGCGUCCAGUCCAUCGAGGGCCGGCUCUCCCAGAGGGAAGGGGUGCAACGCGUAUCCGUGUCCCUGGCGGAGGGGACCGCCACGAUCCUCUACGACCCCUCGGUAACCAACCCCGAGGAGCUCCGCGCCGCCGUGGAAGACCUGGGCUUCCAGGCCUCCGCCGUUUCGGGCAACGGCUCCAGCAGCCCUGCUGGAGAGCUCAGGGCGGCGGACGCCCCGGCGCAGACGGCAGCUGGCACGCCUGUGUCCGAACAGGAGGUGGCUCUUCCCGCCGGGACGGCCCCCCCAGCGCACAGCCCUGGCCUCAAGGCGGAGCCCCUGCCGCAAGCCUCCGCCCCAGCGGCUCCGCAGAAGUGCUUCCUGCAGAUCACAGGCAUGACCUGCGCGUCCUGUGUGUCCACCAUAGAGCGGAGCCUGCAGAAGGAAGCUGGUAUUCUCUCCGUGUUGGUGGCCUUGAUGGCCGGAAAGGCAGAGGUCAAGUACGACCCGGAGGUCAUCCAGCCCCUGGAGAUAGCUGGGCUCAUCGAGGACUUGGGCUUUGAGGCGGCCGUGCUGGAGGACUACAAAGGCUCCGACGGCGACAUUGAGCUCCUGGUCACCGGCAUGACCUGCGCUUCCUGCGUUCACAACAUAGAGUCCAGACUCAGGAGGACGAAGGGCGUCACCCACGCCUCCGUGGCCCUCGCCACCAGCAAGGCCCACGUGAAGUUCGACCCUGAAAUUACCGGUCCGCGGGACAUCGUCAGAAUUAUCGAGGGACUCGGCUACGGCGCCUCGCUGGCCCAGAGGAGCCCCGGCGCCCGGCACCUGGACCACAGGACGGAAAUAAAGCAGUGGAGGAAUUCUUUCCUGUGCAGCCUGCUGUUUGGCGUCCCUGUGAUGGGCUUGAUGGUCUACAUGCUGGUGACCAGCAGGGAGCCCCGCAAGUCCAUGGUCCUGCACCACAACAUCAUCCCGGGACUGUCCGUCCUGAACCUCGUCUUCUUCAUCCUGUGCACCUUUGUCCAGUUCCUCGGCGGCUGGUACUUCUACGUGCAGGCCUACAGGUCGCUGAGGCACGGGGCGGCCAACAUGGACGUGCUCGUCGUGCUGGGCACCAGCGUCGCCUACGUCUACUCGCUGGUCAUCCUGGCCGUGGCCCUCGCCGAGGAGGCCGAGAGGAGCCCCGUGACGUUCUUCGACACGCCCCCCAUGCUGUUCGUGUUCAUCGCCCUGGGGCGGUGGCUGGAGCACGUGGCCAAGAGCAAAACCUCAGAAGCCCUGGCCAAACUCAUGUCUCUCCAAGCCACGGAGGCCACCGUGGUGACCCUCGGCGAGGACAACUUAAUCAUCAGGGAGGAGCAGGUGCCCGUGGAGCUGGUGCAGCGGGGCGAUGUCGUCAAGGUUGUCCCCGGGGGCAAGUUCCCCGUAGACGGGAAGGUCCUGGAAGGCAACACCAUGGCCGAUGAGUCCCUCAUCACGGGCGAGGCCAUGCCCGUCACCAAGAAGCCGGGCAGCACGGUGAUCGCCGGGUCCAUGAAUGCGCACGGCUCCGUGCUGGUCAGCGCCACCCACGUGGGCGGCAACACCACCCUGGCUCAGAUCGUGAAGCUGGUGGAGGAGGCUCAGAUGUCGAAGGCGCCCAUCCAGCAGCUGGCCGACCGGUUCAGCGGCUAUUUCGUCCCGUUCGUCGUCGUCAUUUCCACGCUGACGUUGGUGGUGUGGGUUGUGAUCGGUUUUGUCGAUUUCGGCGUCGUUCAGAAAUACUUCCCCACCCCCACCAGGCACACCUCCCGGGCUGAGAUGGCCAUCCGGUUUGCCUUCCAGACGUCCAUCACCGUGCUGUGCAUCGCCUGCCCCUGCUCGCUGGGCUUGGCCACGCCCACGGCGGUCAUGGUGGGCACCGGCGUGGCCGCCCAGAACGGCAUCCUCAUCAAGGGCGGCCAGCCCCUGGAGAUGGCCCACAAGAUAAAGACCGUGAUGUUCGACAAGACCGGCACCAUCACCCACGGGGCCCCCAGGGUCAUGCGGGUCCUGCUGCUCGUGGACCCGGCCACGCUGCCGCUCAGGAAGCUCCUCGCCGUGGUGGGGACUGCGGAGGCCUGCAGCGAGCACCCCUUGGGGGUGGCCGUCACCAAGUACUGCAAAGAGGAACUCAAAACAGAGGCCUUGGGAUACUGCACGGACUUCCAGGCUGUGCCAGGCUGUGGCAUUGGCUGCAAAGUCAGCAACGUGGAAGGCAUCCUGGCCCACGGCGAGCGCCUGAACGAACGGGCCCCUCACCUGAAUGGGGUUGGCAGCGUCCCUGCGGAAACAGACGCCGCCCCCCGGACCUUCUCCGUGCUGAUCGGGAACCGAGAGUGGAUGAGGCGCAACGGCCUAGCCGUUUCCCGCGACGUCCGUGACUCGAUGACGGACCACGAGAACAAGGGCCACACGGCCAUCCUGGUGGCCAUCGACGGGCUGCUCUGUGGGAUGAUCGCCAUCGCAGACACCGUCAAGCCGGAGGCCGCCCUGGCCGUGCACACCCUGAAGAGCAUGGGCGUGGACGUGGUCCUGAUCACGGGGGACAACCGCAAGACAGCCCGGGCCAUCGCCGCCCAGGUUGGCAUCAACAAAGUCUUUGCAGAGGUGCUGCCUUCUCACAAGGUGGCCAAGGUCCAGGAGCUGCAGAAGGAAGGGAGGAAAGUGGCCAUGGUGGGGGACGGGAUCAACGACUCCCCGGCCCUGGCCCAGGCGGACGUGGGCAUCGCCAUCGGGACGGGCACGGACGUCGCCAUCGAGGCGGCCGACAUCGUGCUCAUCCGGAGUGACCUGCUCGACGUGGUGGCCGGCAUUCGCCUGUCCAAGAGGACAGUCUGGAGGAUACGGCUCAACCUGGUGCUGGCGCUGAUCUAUAACCUGGUGGGGGUCCCCAUCGCGGCAGGCGUCUUCAUGCCCCUGGGCAUCGUGCUGCAGCCGUGGAUGGGCUCGGCGGCCAUGGCGGCGUCCUCUGUGUCUGUGGUCCUGUCGUCGCUGCAGCUGAAGUGGUACAGGAAGCUGGACCUGGAGCGGUACGAGGCCCAGGCCCAGGGCCGCCUGAAGCCGCUGACCGCGUCCCAGGUCAGCGUGCACGUGGGCAUGGACGACCGGCGGCGGGACUCCCCCAGGGCCGUGCCCUGGGACCAGGUCAGCUACGUCAGCCGCGUGUCGCUGUCCUCCCUGAAGUCCGACAGGCCGCCUCCGCACGGCGCUGCGGCCGAGGACGGCGGGGACAAGUGGUCUCUGCUCCUGAACGCCCGGGACGAGGAGCAGUGCAUCUGACCGCGCCGCGGGCGGGUCUGCUGAGGACCUGGCUGGCUGGCUGGCCGGCAGGCAGGGGGCGGAGGGGGAUGCAGCCAGCCCUCCCCGCAAACCUCUGCUUCAGCCUCGGGGACGGUUGCCUGGGAAACGAGGAAGCCCUCGCCCGACCAGACUCCGCUGAGCCGGGCCAGGGAACUCUCGGGGGACCUGGGUGCCGUGCUCUUGGGUCCAGCGCCCACGAACAUCGCGUCUCUAAGACCAGUUUACCUCACACGUGCCCUGCAGUUUCCGCUGCUUCCAUCUCUCUCUCUUCUGUCCUUGACCCUGGGCGGGGGGG